CCUUCUCCUCUCCCCCUCCGCCGAGCUGCUCACUACCACCACUAGUCCACCACCAUCACCACACGGCACACGCCCCUCGGCCCCGCCGCCGCGAUCCCCCGCCCCGCCGCGAGCAGCGAUGCAGUUCCUCACCGCCUCCGCCGCGUGCUCCUCCUCCGCCCCGCGCCCCGCGCACCUCCUCCGCGUCUCGAGGCCCCCUCCCUUCCCCCACCCCCGCCGCCGCCGCGCCCCCCACCUACCCUCCGCGGCGCUGUCCCUAGCCCCCAGGCCCCCGCUCCUCCUCGCCUCGCGCCGCUCCCUGCUCUUCACCCCCCGCGCCCACGGCGACCACCACCAUCACCACGGGCACACUCACCACGGGCACGGCCACAGCCACGGCCACCAUGGACACGGCCACGGCCACGGCGGGGCGGACGUGCGCGGGGGAGGCGGGGGCGCGGCGGUCAUGCGGAUGGCGAGGGCGAUCGGGUGGGCCGACGUCGCCGACGCGCUGCGGGAGCACCUGCAGCUCUGCUGCAUCUCCCUCGCCCUUCUCCUGAUGGCCGCCGUCUGCCCGCACGUCCCGCUGCUGAACUCGGUCGGGCGCCUGCCGGCCGCGCUCAUCGCCGUCGCCUUCCCUCUUGUCGGGGUUUCUGCAGCACUUGAUGCUCUUGUAGAUAUUGCAGAUGGAAAAAUAAAUAUCCAUGUCCUCAUGGCUCUUGCAGCAUUUGCUUCUAUAUUUAUGGGAAACUCAUUGGAGGGUGGUUUACUUCUUGCAAUGUUUAACUUAGCCCAUAUUGCUGAAGAGUACUUUACAAGCAAGUCAAUGUAUGAUGUGAGGGAACUUAAGGAAAAUCAUCCAGAAUUUGCACUAUUGCUAGAAACAAGUGGAGACGAAUCGGCACACUUUUCAAAUCUAAAUUAUGCAAAAGUUCCUGUGCAUGACCUUGAAGUGGGUUCUCAUAUUUUGGUCAGAGCUGGUGAGGCUGUGCCUGUUGAUGGAGAAGUUUACCAAGGAUCAUCCACAAUCACCAUAGAACACCUCACUGGGGAAACUAAACCUGUUGAGAGAACAGUGGGGGAUGCUAUACCAGGUGGAGCCAGGAAUUUGGAAGGAAUGAUGAUUGUAAAGGUGACCAAAUCAUGGGAGGAUUCAACACUCAACAGAAUUGUCCAGCUGACUGAAGAGGGCCAGCUAAACAAGCCAAAGUUGCAAAGAUGGUUAGAUGAGUUUGGGGAGCAUUAUAGCAAAGUUGUCGUGGCUCUGUCUUUGGCUGUUGCACUACUGGGACCAUUCCUCUUUAAUUGGCCCUUUUUCGGUAACUCAGUUUGUAGGGGUUCAAUUUACCGUGGAUUAGGACUUAUGGUGGCUGCAUCUCCGUGUGCAUUGGCAGUAGCUCCAUUAGCAUAUGCCACUGCAAUCAGUUCUCUUGCAAGUAAGGGAAUUUUAUUGAAAGGUGGGCAUGUCUUAGAUGCCCUUUCUUCUUGUCAGUCUAUUGCUUUUGACAAGACAGGCACAUUAACAACUGGGAAGCUUAUGUGCAAAGCAAUUGAGCCCAUUCAUGGACAUUUGGAUGCGAGUAAUGGUGUUGACCCUUCUUGUUGUACUCCGAACUGUGAAAGUGAAGCUCUAGCUGUUGCUGCAGCUAUGGAGAAAGGAACAACCCAUCCUAUUGGAAGGGCAGUUUUAAAACACUCUGUUGGGAGAGACCUCCCAGUGGUUGCUGUUGAGAGUUUUGAGAGCUUACCUGGUAGAGGAGUUGUUGCUACUUUGAGUGGCAUAAAGGCAAGAGACAAUGAAAAUGAGUUUGCUAAGGCAUCUAUCGGUUCUGUGGAAUAUAUUUCUUCACUAUACAGAUCUUAUGGUGAAUCUGAACAAAUAAAAGAGGCAGUAAAGUGUUCUGCAUUUGGUCCUGAAUUUGUCCAAGCUGCUCUCUCAGUAGAUAAAAAGGUAACCCUUUUCCACUUUGAGGAUGAACCCCGUACUGGUGUCUGUGAAGUUAUAUAUACCUUAAGAGAAAAGGCUAAACUUCGAAUCAUGAUGCUUACUGGAGAUCAUGAAUCAAGUGCUCAGAGAGUUGCUAAAGCUGUAUGUAUUGAAGAAGUUCACUUCUCUUUAAAGCCAGAGGACAAGUUGAACAAAGUAAAGGCAGUUUCAAGGGAGGGAGGUGGAGGUUUAAUAAUGGUUGGUGAUGGUAUAAAUGAUGCACCAGCUCUUGCAGCUGCAACAGUUGGUAUUGUUCUAGCACAACGCGCCAGUGCAACAGCGGUAGCUGUUGCAGAUGUUCUGUUGUUGCAGGAUAAUUUAUGUGUGGUGCCAUUUUGUAUCGCUAAAGCUCGUCAAACAACUUCAUUGGUGAAGCAAAGCGUAGCUCUUGCAUUAACCUGUAUUGUUUUUGCUGCACUUCCUUCUGUCUUAGGAUUUCUUCCUCUUUGGUUGACGGUUCUUCUCCAUGAAGGAGGAACCCUUCUCGUUUGCUUGAACUCAAUACGGGCUCUCAACCCUCCGACAUGGUCUUGGGCAGAUGACAUCCGACAACUCGUGCAUAGCCUAAAAAACCACGUCUCGGCAAAGUUGAAUAGCUCCUCAGAUUGCUCAGCUAGCACCGUUCCUUUGUAGACAUGUAUAGCGGCUGUUAUCUUUGUAAUUUCAUUGCAUGAGCUGUGGGGCGUUUAGGGUGACAGGUUUCUGACCUGAUUUUUAUAGGAUGUACUCGUAGCACCACCUUGUAAAGAAAACAUGCCUCGUUUCAUGCUGUGUUCAUAGCAGUGCCAAGCAUCCUGUAAUCGAACUGUUCGCUGAGGCUUGUUUGGUCCAGUGCAUCGGGUAGAAGGGUGAAUCUGUUGCCAAGAGAAGGUACUGUGUAGUGAGUUACUCGACAAAUCUGGAGCCGAAGGUGGUUACACGACAAAUCUGUGCUGAACGCUCAGGCAACUAGUACAAAAGGGGUUGCGUCUGUACUCUGACGAAGUGACGAUCAUUUCAUCCUGUAAGGCAAAAAUUGCAACUGCAGAUGUGUUGUAGUUAUCGAACACCAUUGUUGAGCUUGAAACCUGGAACUCCAAGCUCCCAAGCUGGACCAAUAAAUUAUCUGUGAGGUUACUUUGAAUUGGCAAUUCAUUAAAAAAAUGAUUCAAAUUCAUCGAUCGUCAGUGACAUGGAUGCAAGCAAAGUCUCAAAUUAUACCUCGAAAAUGCUCGGGGUGGAGCCACGCGUGAAGAAGCCUCUUUCCUGGGUGCCACGCCACCAUGUUGGCAGUGCACGUGUCGGCAGCAGCUCCCCAUCGCCGACCUGAAGCAUCUUCGUCGACCAAGAGCCAAACCACAGCCCGCCACGACACCAGCCUGCGUGGACCACAGGAGAAAGAAAGAGGAACGCUUCUUCGUGUACACGACGCACGUGUCGCCACCACGUCUAUCGCCGCUGCCGACGCGGUGCCCGCUAUAAAUCCGUCCGCAGCCUCACCACAUCUUCCCAAAUCCCAACCAGUUGAAUGAUAGCAUUCGCCAAAAUCUGCAAAGCACACACAGCUGGAGCUCGAGCAGCCACUCCACUAGACAUGCAGGCCGGGCGGAGCGCCAUGGAGGCCACCAAGGAGGCGGCGGCGAACGUGGGCGCCUCGGCGUGCUCCGGCCUGGAGAAGACGCGGGCCACGCUGCAGGGGCAAGUGGACAAGGCCACGGCGCACAGCUCCGCCGACAGGGAGGCGGCCGAGACGAGGACGCGGGAGCGCGUGCACGGCGCCGAGGAGGUCAAGCGGGACGCCAUGCUCGCCAACGCCGCCGCCAAGGAGCGGGCCACCGCCGGGGCGUACCACCCGUCGCAGGGCGCGCCCGGGAUCGUCCCCGGCGGCGCCCCCACGGGCGGCCGCGUCGAGGCCGGCGUGGCCGAGAGCCGGCCGAUCGGGACCGCCACGGGCACCGGGAGGCCCAGCGCCGCACAUAACCCGCGCGUCGGCGGCGGCGCUGCGCCGGCGACUGGCACCGGCGGGCAGUACCAGUGAGACCUCCCUAGGACUACGGCCGUGUAUGCGCGCGUAUCAGUGUAGCAGUGUAUCCGGUUCAGGUGUAUCAGUAUCAGUGUAGCUGCAGAGCAAUAAUUAUCUCCCGACCGUGACAAA